AUGGUGCUGUUUGAGUCGGCGUCAACCUCAGACUGCGAAUCUGGAACGUCAUCCGCCAGCGAGUCUCCGCUUAUGGCGACUUCACUGCGCUACGACGCAGCGUUAGGAUCAAGAACGGCGGCCGCGCUCACCAAGGAGCACUUUUCACUGGGACAAAACGCGCAUGUUCACGCAGCUUCUGAAGCGCAGCUGAAAGGUGCAAGUAAGUGGAACUUGAGUUCCGAGGCGAACAGCGCUGCUGCUGGUGCUGCUGCUGGUUCGUCCGGGCGCAGUCUUCCAGCGGAGAGUAGCGCAGAGGCACCGGUGUCGCCUCGGAACGCAACAGAAGAGGUGCUCGAAAGUUUCGUGGACGCUGAAAUGCAUUCGGAUUUGAUAAAAUCGGAAACGCACUUUCGUGGCGAGGAAGGGGAAGCGCGGAGCUUCCUUGUGUCGCGGAAGGAGCUUUUGAAGAUUCGCGAAUGGUUGCGCACCUGCGAGAAGUCAGAGCCGCUUCUCAUGGCGAGCACCAAUCGCUUCGUACUUUUUCCCAUACGCUAUCCGGAAACCUGGUCCUUUUACAAGCGCGCUGUCGCUUCGUUCUGGACAGUGGAGGAAGUCGAUCUACAACAGGAUUUGCGGGACUGGUCUAGGCUCACGUCGGGUGAGAAACAUUUCAUCACCUACGUUCUCGCGUUCUUCGCUGCAUCAGACGGCAUCGUGAAUGAGAACUUGGCACUACGUUUUAGUACAGAGGUGCAACUGUCGGAAGCAAGGUCCUUUUACAUGUUCCAAAUGGCGAUGGAAAACAUUCACUCAGAGAUGUACAGCCUGUUGAUCGACACUUUCAUCAAAGAAACGACUGAGAAGGAUCGACUCUUCCGCGCAAUUGAUACGCUACCGUGCGUUCGACGAAAGGCUGAAUGGGCGCUCCGAUGGGUCGGGAGCGACGCCUCUUUCGCGGAACGCCUGAUCGCUUUUGCCGCCGUUGAAGGCAUAUUUUUCAGUGGAUCGUUCUGUGCAAUCUUCUGGUUGAAGAAACGAGGCCUCAUGCCAGGUUUAACGUUCAGCAAUGAGCUCAUCAGUAGGGACGAAGGCCUUCACUGCGACUUUGCGUGUCAUGUGUUCCACAUGUUGCGAUACAAGCCGCCGGAUGUUCUGAUCCGCGCUAUAAUAUGCGAUGCUGUCGAGCAGGAACGGGCUUUUGUUCGGGAAGCACUUCCGGUGAAUCUCAUUGGGAUGAACAGCACGCUGAUGCAGCAAUACAUAGAGUUCUGCGCUGAUCGAUUAUUAGUGGCGCUGCAUGUAGAUCCUGUGUAUCGAGUAGAAAAUCCGUUUGACUGGAUGGAACUGAUUUCCCUUAAUGGGAAAACCAACUUCUUCGAACGUAGAGUCGGCGAAUACCAAAAGGCGGGUGUGAUGACUUUCCAGCCAUCUGGUGUUGGAGAGAACGAUUUUCGACUAGAUCUAGACUUUUGA